ACCAAACUGUGGUUCAAAUAAAAUAACUAUAUUUUUAACAUUAAUGGAAUUCCAUUAAAUAUUUGGUUAGUUCUUUCAUAAAAUUGUGUUGACACAAUCACUUCAUUUGAUCCCAAGAUAUGACACAAGAAUUGACACAAAUGAUGGCAUCACUCGAGACCAAAGAUAACAGCAAUGAAUAUAACAAACAGCCACAAAUGUAUGCAAAGAACUCAAUGGACAGAUUCGGUGAUGAUUUGUGUGCACUUCUCUUAUCUUACCUCUCAAUUGAAGAUCGGUUUCGAUGCGAAUAUGUGUCCAAACAGUUCCAGAGGACAGUCUUCGAGAAUGCUGUGGAUAUCACUCUGAAAGACACGAAUACGAAAAUUGAAUGGUUUUUGGAGAAACUCAAUGCUUGGAUGCGAAGGAUUGUCACACAUGGAAGUGAUUUCUAA